AUGGCAGCCUGUAACACGGAUGUGCACACAGUGGCCUCUCUCCUGAAGCUGUACCUCAGAGAGCUGCCGGAGCCCGUCGUCCCCUUCAACAAGUUUGACGAUUUCCUGGCCUCCGCAAAGCUCCUCAGCAAAGAUGAUGAAAUGGGUAUGAAGGAGUUGAGAAAGCUUGUGGAAGGUCUACCUCGGGUAAACUACAACCUUCUGAAGUACAUCUGCAGAUUUCUAGAUGAAGUCCAGUCGUAUUCAGGGGUGAAUAAAAUGAGCGUCCAAAACUUGGCCACAGUCUUCGGGCCAAAUAUCUUGAGGCCGAAGGUCGAGGAUCCAGUCGCUAUUAUGGAAGGUACUGUUCUGGUCCAGCAGCUCAUGGCCGUUCUGAUUGGCCGCCAAGACGUGCUGUUCCCCCUGGAAGAGGACAGCCCCACGGCCCUCGAGCUUGUCAACAACAACAACAUCGAGCUGCCACGUGGACAAGCCACCACAAAUACCUCCGCCAUCACUACGGUGACCCAGAACACCGAGAACAACAAUACACAGGUAGUGCGGCAGUGUGUUUGGGAAGCACCCGAAUCUCCGUCACACCGCCAGCACGUGGACAACAACGUCUCCCCGCGAUCGGCCAGCCCUCGUAGCGGUGUCAUCGGACGCUUUGACAUCACCCGCAGUCCACCAAUGACGGUUAAAAAGAACCCAGCUUUCAGUAAGGGCAGCGGGAUCGUAACAAACGGCUCCUUCAGCUCCUCGCCCUCUUCAGACCCCAGUCAGGAGAAGAGCCAGACUCUAACAGGAGGCGGGAGUUUACCGGUGCGCCGCAGUGGGACGCUCAAAGGCUCCGGCACCAAAAUGGGCACCAGUGGUGUGACGAGUGGUAGCAGCACCGGAGGGAACGGGACUGGAGUUGUGCGUAUGGGCCUAUCCGGCACUGAUGUGGGUCUGAACGGCCGCAACGGUCUGUGGGUACCAAACGGCUGCGUCACGUUACGCGACAACAACAAAACCCGAGACGGCACCCAAGUGGAUCCAACAUCCAAUCAGAACCGCCUGUCCACGUACGACAACGUCCAGUUAAACCACCACAACCUGCAGCAGCAGAACCACAUCGCCAACACGUGUCUGAACAGCAGCUGCGAGGACAAGCAGAGCGUGGACAGCGCCACUUGGUCCACCUCCUCCUGUGAGAUCUCCCUGCCGGACAACUCCACCUCCUGCCGCUCCUCCACCACCACCUGUCCCGAGCAGGACUUCUACGGAGGUCACUACGAGGACAUCGAUGGAGCGGUGCGAGACACUGAGCCCAAGUCUGGUGAAGGAGGAGAGGGGGAUUGCAGGAACAGCAACAGAGAGGGCAGUGGAGAAGGAGCAGGGGGGAGCAGUCGGGGCACCAGCAGCAGUGAUAACAGUGAGGGAUACACUGUGGGGAAUGGAGCCGGGAGCCACAGUGCUCUGCACAGCCUAGUGGCCAGUCUCAAACAGGAGAUGAACAAGCAGAAGACCGAGUACGAAGCCAGGAUAAAAAGGUAA